AUGUCUCACCACAUCGUCGCUCUCGAGGCCAUUCACUGUCCCAUUCCGGACUUUGAUCUUCCUGAACCGUAUACCAAAGCCAUUUACAAAUGGACCCAUGCUUCCGACCUCGCGGAACGAGUCAAAGAUGCCACCAUCGUCAUCACCACCACCAUCCGACUCACGGCCGAUCUCCUCCAUCCCGAUCAGACUCCACACCUCCGUCUGAUCGUAGUCUUAGCAUCCGGUACAGACUGCAUCGAUAAAGCGGCCGCCCAAGCCCGCGGCAUUCCCGUAUGCAAUUGCCCCGGUACCAACAUCGACAGCGUCAGCGAGCAUGCAAUCGCCCUCUACUUUGCGACGCGGCGCAAUCUGGUCCAGCUGACCAAUGCGGUUGUCACGGUCCCCGACGACGGGAGCGAAACCGAGUGGAAGCGGAUUGGAUCUCUCCAUCCACGAAUGCGCACCGCCGAUGGCCGGGCACCGCUGCUCUGCAGCGAGGAAACGGUAGGAAUCGUCGGGUACGGCGCCUUGGGUCAACGCAUUCGAACUCUGGCGAUGGGGCUGGGGAUGCAAGUGCUCAUCUCGGAGAGGCGAGGAGCAGAUCAUCCCCCGCGAGAAGGGCGUGUCCCGUUUGAAGAUGUGCUACGACGGUCAACCGUGUUGAUUCUGUGUCUGCCGCGUACGCCUGAGACGGAGAAUCUAGUUUCUACCCGUGAGCUGGAGAUGAUGCCGGGCCAGGCGGUUCUGAUCAAUGUUGGUCGUGGGGGAUUGUGGACGAAGAGGCGUUGGUGGAUGCUCUGA